AUGCAACAAGAACGCUGAGCUUUCAGAUAUUCACCGAACUUUGUUCAAGUAAGGUGCUUAUUGAAGUUGGUCUUAACAAGAGAGAAAAUGAAGACGUUUCUAAGUGCACUUGGCGCUGGUGUAGCGAAGCUUAGACUGCGCCCUCUGAUGUACACGACCGGAACUGCAGCCACGGCAGCCGCCAUUUACUAUUACGUUAAACGAGGCGAUGGAAAGAAAACAACAUCGGACCCCGAGGUCACACCUGAAGACCCAGUGUGUGACCAGGCCAUGGAACCAGCUCUGGUCCAACCAAUAGAGGUUCCUCGGGACCAGGUCAUGGGUGCUGUGAGACGGGCUGAGGAGAAGAUUCAGAAGCUUGUGGUGUCCAGUACUAAGCUGGAGGACAGAGUGAAGGAGCUGGAGGAACUGCUCUGUGAGGCACGCAAUGAGUGUGAGCGAGAGCGGGAGGCUCACUUCAUCCUCCAGUCCGAGUACGAUGAGAUGAAGGAGAAUCUGAUGGACAAGAAGCAGUUACUGAAAGUCUCCCAGUCUGAAGAUGAGAAGAAACAUCAGAAGGCAGUGGAGACCAUUGCUCAGCUGGAGGUGGAGAAUUCUGACCUGAAAGACCAGGUGGAGAGACUGCAAGGAAGAGUGCAGAACAUGGAGAACCUGCUCCAUGCGACUGAAUGGGAGUGUGAUAAGCUAGUGAACGACUUUCAUAUGGAGGAGGAUGAGAUAAAGAAGGGUGUGAUACACAUAAUGGAGUUACUGAAGGUCUCCCUGGCUGAAGAUGAGGAGAAACAUCAGAAGGCGGUGGAGACCAUUGCUCAGCUGGAGGUGGAGAAGUCUGACCUGAAAGACCAGGUGGAGAGACUGCGAUUAAGAGUGUGGGAAAUGGAGAACCUGCUCCAUGAGACUUACAGAUGGUCUGCUGAUCAAAUGAAUGAGUGUGAACGAGAGCGGGAGGCUUACGUCAUCCUCCAGUCCGAGUACGAUGAGAUGAAGGAGAAUCUGAUGGACAAGGAGCAGUUACUGAAGGUCUCCCAGUCUGAAGAUGAGCCGAAACCCCAGAAGGCAGUAGAGACCAUUGCUCAGCUGGUGAUGGAGAAGGCUGACCUGAUAGACCAGGUGGAGAGACUGCGAUUAAGAGUGUGGGAAAUGGAGAAUCUGCACCAUGAGACUUACAGAUGGUCUGCUGAUCAAAUGAAUGAAUGUGAGCGAGAGUGGGAGGCUCACGUCAUCCUCCAGUCCGAGUAUGAUGAGCUGAAGGAGAAUCUGGUGUCCUCUUUGAUCCAAGGAGACAACAAGUACUGAGACAGGCGGGAAUGUGCCUGUGUGCAGUUGUGGGAGGUUUGCUUGUCCCUGAGAAGAACUAGAUCUCCGACUUGAAGUUUUCUGUGAGAUUCCGUCCAUUUCUGUCGGUGUUGCAAUGUAGGUAGGUAUUCGUGGCUCCAGCACGACCAGAACUGGUUUGCAGGAGCCUGAACUUGUCUCCAUUGCUUUGUGUACAGGUCCUUGUCCAUAAAGUUUCCAGGUGGAGGAGGAACUCCCGUUUUCUGUGUAAGGAGCAUUGACGGUGAGAGAAUGAAAGGGUUUUCUUGGUCUGAAGACACAGACACAAGCGGUCGUGCAUUUAUAAUGGA